AAUUUUUGUUUAUCGAUAAUUAAAGAUAAUAACGGUUGAAUUUGUUCAUUAACAAACGUGACUAAAGAAACAUGUCAACUAAAAAAAAUGGAGGAAGUAUAUCCUCACUCGUAUACUUUCUCUUUCAUGGUCCCCAUCUUACUUUUACUACAAUAGUUUGUUCACCCACUUACAAUUAUAUUACUCUCCUAAAACUUUGUGCACUUCCAAGUGAUGCAAAUAAAAAAAAACGGAGGAAGUAUAUUAUAAGGAAGUAAAGAAACCUGUUUUUGCCUUCACAAAUAUUUAUUUCCCUAUAAAUAAACCAACUUAUUAUACAAUCUGAUAAAUUACAUGUUGAAAUGAAAAUAAUCGUUGCAAAUAAUAUGUAACGGAUGUAGUACGUAGGUUUGAUGUAACAAAAAAAAAAUUAUGAUGUUUGAAAUUGCUGAAUUUUUUCUUAAAAAAAAAAUAAAAAUCCUCGUAAAAUAUUGCUGAAUCAGAGAUGUAUAAGUCAUUUUUGCUUCAAAAAAAAAAAAAAAAAAAUCGACCGUUGCCUCAAAAAGACUCGUCCUAAACGUCUCAGAUUCAAAAUUUGUCCUUCAUCUCCUUCUCUCUCUUUCUCUCUCCCCUUUUUAUCAACGAUUCUUCAAUGGUGAGACAAGAUUCAACGCAAACCCCCAAAAUCAAAAACACCCCAUCAAAUAAUUCAACCCAAAUCCCAGAAAAUUGCAAUAAUAAUUUGAGUAUGUUCAGCCCAAGAUUCAAAUCAGUUGCAGCAAUGGCGGGUUGGGAUGAAGAAACCCUACUUUCUACUCUUGUUGUCGAAGAUACCCCUGAAAGAAACUUAAGAGACAAGAAACGUUCUGAUUUACUUGUUAAAUCUCCUUCUACUAGUUCUAGAAGAAAGAGAAGACGGGUUCGCCCUGGUUCGAUUCCCAUUGCAGUUUUUAAUCUUGAUGUUGAUGAUGAAUCUUCCAACAGUAAUCUUAAAGAAGCAGAUAAGGGUAAAAGUGAUUUACCAAAGAAAGUUGAAGAAAAAACCAAAGAAAAGGAGCAGGAAAAUGCUGCUGCUAAUUGUUCAAGUUCUUCAACACUUCCAUGUAUGGAUCGUCUUAGAGAUGAACUUUCAUGUGCUAUUUGCUUGGACAUAUGUUAUGAACCAAGCACAACUCCUUGUGGUCACAGUUUUUGCAAGAACUGCUUGAAAUCUGCAGCUGAAAAAUGUGGCAAAAGAUGUCCAAAAUGUAGACAGCUGAUAAGUAAUGGAAGAUCCUGCACUAUAAACACAGUGCUUUGGAACACUAUACAGCUAUUAUUCCCUGCAGAAGUCGAGUCGAGGAUUGCAGCAGCAGCAGCAGCCGCGAGUAGUAAAGUAAGCGAUCAUCGCAGAAAGAGCACUGAAAGGGUGAUCAGUAGUAGUAAUCAAGCUACUGACAACAGCAAUCCGCGCUUGAGCAGAAGACUUAGAGUAUCAAGAAGAUCAGAAGAAGCUAGUUUGAUCAGUAGUAGAGGAGUUCCAAACCAAGAUGAAGAUGCUGCAUUAGCAUUGAGGUUGCAGAGAGAAGAGUUCAUGGAUAUUUAUAGAAGGUCUAGCUUGGCCCGAGAUAAUUUGAGAGCUAUGGCACGAAGAGCCAUGAAUCGAUAGGAGCUACCCUGUUUGAUCUUAUAUGUUCAUUCUUAUCGUCUCUCAGAGACAUCAUAUAAAAUUAGAAAGAGAAUGAUAUUUUUCUCUUUAAAUUGGUUUCUCAUGAGUGUUUUAGCUGUUGAAAUGGAAUUUCGGAUUCACUUUAAAAAUUCUAGCUUGUUAAGACUUAAUUAAAUCUAUUAAUAUUUCAACUUUAUUUUUCUUGUAUUUAUGUAGAUGUCAUCUAGCUUGAUUAGUUACAAUCUUGAGAGUGUUUGUGAGAUCAAAUUUUGUCUACAUCAUUAACCUUUUUACAACUCUGUAUACACACAAAAAAAGGGAGAAAAAAAAAGUCCGUACAUAUUUUAAAUAUCAUAAAUCUACAUGUUCAUUUAAAGAUACCUUUUUAUGACCAAGAAAGUCCAAUUAUUUUAGACAAAUAUUUGUGGACAAUAUAUUCAGGGAG